AAAUGUUGAAAUUUCUACCAUCCAUCUCUAUUUCAGCAAGCCUAUGACAGGACGCAGGAGUUUCUCUUGAUGUAAGCAAAUUCAACAACUUUUGUCAAGUUAUAAGCUUAAAAUAUCUAUCAUUCUUUAGCUUCACUAAUUUGACGAAUCCAUCUAUCCAAAAACUUGUUUCUUCUGAUGGCUUUGGGAAUCUUUCCUCUCAUUGCCUUUCUACUUUUGCUGCCUGUUUGGGCGGAUGCUCAAACUGUUGGUAAUGUAACGGUGGGUGCUUCUCUCUCUGCUCAUGAAAACUCCCAUCCAUGGGUUUCUCCCUCAGGUGAUUUUGCCUUUGGUUUUCACCAACUCAGAAAUAACAAGAAUCUCUUCUUGCUCGCUAUCUGGUAUAAUAAAAUACCAGAAAACACUCUUGUUUGGUAUGCAAAUGGCGACAGCCCCGCACCAAGGGGAUCAAAGUUACAGCUUGCUGACAGAGGGUUUGUUCUUAAUAGUCCCCAAGGGGAACAGCUAUGGAAUAGUGAGACCAGGAGUGGGGUUGUUGAUAGCGGUAUUAUGGAUGACAGUGGUAAUUUUAAGCUUCUUGGAGGUAGUUCUAUACUUUGGGAGAGCUUCAAAGAUCCUGCGGAUACUGUGUUGCCAUCACAGAUACUUGAUAGGGGGGUAGCCCUUUCGUCCCGGCAAUCGGAGACCAACUUUUCCAAGGGGAGGUUUCAAAUGGUUUUGCAAUCAGAUGGUGAUCUUGUUCUUGCUACCGUAAACUUGCCUAGUAAACAUGUUAAUGACCCUUAUUAUAAAAGUGGGACUGCUGGAGAUCCCAAUUUAUCCAGUCCUGGUUUCCAAUUAGUCUUCAAUGAAUCAGGCUACUUGUUUGUUUCAAGAGAAAAUGAAGAAAGAUCCGUUCUAACACCUACAAUAACAGGCUCAGCUAAAGACUUUUACUACAGAGCAACUCUCGAUUUCGACGGAGUUUUCACACUAUACUCUCACCCUAAGGCUUCCACCGGAAAGAUUGCAAGCUGGACUGCUCUUUGGUCUGAGCCUGAUAAUAUUUGCACAGCAGCUCCUGUUGGUGCAAGUAGCGGCGUCUGUGGUUUCAACAGUAUAUGCAGUCUCAACGCGGAGAAGAGGCCGAGUUGUGGAUGUCCCAGGAGUUAUACUUUAAUUGAUCCAAGUAACCAGUAUGGCAAUUGCAAGCCUAACUUCACUCAGAAUUGUGAACAAGAACGAGCUCCUGCGGAAGACCUGUAUGAGUUUGAAGAGCUUACAAAUGUGGAUUGGCCACUAGCUGAUUAUGCACUCUUGGAGCCUUUUACUGAAGAUCAAUGCAGAGAAUCUUGCUUGCAUGACUGUAUGUGUGCCGUUGCCAUUUUUAGACUAGGUGAUAAGUGUUGGAAGAAGAAGCUACCACUGUCAAAUGGAAGACUCGAUCCCGGUCUUGAUGGUGGAAAAGCUCUUCUCAAAGUUAGGAAAGAGGGUCGACCUCCCUUCUGUCCUUAUUUUCCCAAUCAAGAAACGCAGAAGAACAAGAACAAGGAAACUCUGACCCUUGCAUUAUCAGCACUUGGUGGCUCUGUAUUCUUGAAUUUCAUUUUGAUUGCUGUGACUUGUCUAGGAUUUUACUGUAUCUACCAAAAGAAACAAAAACCCUUGCCAGUGAAUGAAGUUAUCGUGGAAACAAAUUUGCGGUCUUUUACUUACAAAGAGCUUGUGGAUGCUACAAAUGAGUUCAAAGAAGAAUUAGGAAGGGGAGCUGUCGGCAUUGUUUACAAAGGGACAUUACAAAUGAGUUAUGUCACUCAGGUUGCUGUGAAAAGAUUGAUCAAUACUUUGGUACAGGGUCAUCAUGACAAAGAAUUCAAGACUGAAGUGAAUGUAAUCGGUCAAACGCAUCACAGGAACCUCGUCCGAUUGCUCGGAUUCUGUGAUGAUGGAGAUAAUAGGUUACUGGUUUAUGAGUACUUGAGCAAUGGCAGUCUAGCAAGCUUCCUUUUCGGUGGCUCAAGGCCUAGUUGGAACCAAAGAAUUCAGAUUGCUUUGGGGAUUGCAAGAGGGCUCCUCUACUUGCAUGAAGAAUGCAGCACGCAGAUUAUUCACUGUGAUAUAAAGCCUCAGAACAUUCUGCUAGAUGAGCAUUACAAUGCAAAGAUUUCAGACUUUGGAUUGGCAAAGCUUUUGGUAAUGAACCAGAGCCAUACCAAUACCGUUAUUCGAGGAACCAAAGGAUACGUGGCAGCGGAGUGGUUUAGGAACCUGCCGAUAACCGUGAAGGUGGAUGUUUAUAGCUUUGGAGUGCUGCUGCUGGAACUCACUUGUUGCCGAAGAAGUGUAGACAUGGAGAGCGACAUGGAAGAGAAAGCAAUUUUAACUGAAUGGGCUUAUGACUGCUACUGCGGAGGCACAUUAGAUGCACUAGUUGAAAACGACAUUGAUGCCUUGAAUGACAUAGCAAAAGUCGAAAGGUUUGUGCAAGUUGCCAUCUGGUGUAUUCAAGAAGAUCCAUCGCUCAGACCUAACAUGAGAGCAGUCUCACAGAUGCUUGAAGGAGUUGUGGAAGUCCCCAUUCCACCAUGCCCAUGUCCAUAUGCUUUCACUGCAUGAAUUUCUGUCAAUCUUUUGUUUAAAUAUGUCUAAUUAAUGCUGCAAAAGGAAUAAGUUGUUAGUUUCAAUAUGUCUGAACGCUAUUCUAGGGAUAAGUUUUAGUUUAGGCUUUUUUGUUGCCCUAUCUAAAGGAGAUUUAUGAAGCAAUAGAUCUGAGUUUCCUUGAAUAA